AGGAGUGCGGCGGGGCCGCCCGGCAGGCCGCCGAGGCCGCCUGCGAGCAGGUCUCCCUGGCCUCGCGCAGCACCCGGCCGGUGACCGGCGCCAUGCGGCCGCUGACCGGCGCCGUCGGGCCGGGCGGCUUGGGCCGGCUGGGCACCAGCUCUACGCGGCAGGGCACCGCGAUGGGCUCCACGGGCUUCACCAUGACGCUCGGCUCCACGGGCCGGCUGAGCACCGCGGCGCGCUCCAAGGCCAGCACGCGCGGCAGCGGCGGCUUCCGCCCGCGGACCGGCAGCACCUUCGGGCGCCCAGGCACCAGCGCCGCGGGCCUCGGGGACGACGUGGAGGACAUUGUCCGACAACUCCGUGCACAGCACGCCCCGGGCCAUCGACGAGGAGACCGGCCAGUCGCCCGUGCUGCCAGGACGGCAGCGGCGAGGAGGAGGACGGCGUGAAGUUCUUCAACGUCACCACGGCGUGCCCGGGAGCUGACGAGGCCCCCGACCUCGCAGAGGCGGAGGAGGUGAUGCGGCAGGCGCUGCCGCUUGCGGAGGCGCUGGAGGAGGUCGCCGUGGACUUCGUGGCGCCGCUCGUCGUUCUUUUCGGGGAUGGCUGGACGAGGUGCUUCUACAGCCGCCAGUGGCAGUGCCGCGUGGCGGCGCUGAUGCACCUCUCGGCGAGCAUCGCGCAGCGCAUCGAGCAGCUCAGCGGCAGCGACGGCUCCUCCUCCAGCGCGCUCGGCGAGCUGCUCGACGGCGCCAUGCGCGCCAUCCACGAGGGCCUCGGUGACCAGAACGUCCGCGUCUACGCGGAGGCGUGCGCCGCCGUCACCAACGCCGUCCCGGCGUUCUGCGGCACGGUCGACGACCGCCUCCUCGUGGCACACCUGGCUCCUCUGCUGCGCCAGCUCUGCGCGCGCAUGGCCGACACCAAGGACCGCGGGAGCAGACGCCAGGCGCUCUUGAGGCUGCUGCGCCCACCGGUGGGCAAUAUCGUCAGCCCCCUGGCGCUGGCCAUGCUUGUGCUGCGCCACCUCGUGCCGGCGAA